AUAAGAGUAAGUAAAAAUCUAUCAGUAAUUUCAAAAUCCUACAGUAAAAAAUAAAUGCAUGAAUAAGUGCAUCAUAACCAUUAGCAAAAAAAAAAAGUAUAAAUUUUGUGAAGUAUACAGUAAUUCUGUGUUAAUAACUAAAACUUAACCUGGAAUAUGUUUUGGCAGUUUCUGAUACUUCCUUGUUUUUUUACUUAUGUAGCCAAGAGGCACUUAUAAUUUUUUAUCUGUUUUCUACCAUUACUGUGUCAUUAGUAUCACAGGAGUAGCAGCACCAUGCAGAGUUAACACAUAAGCUGUGGAGUUAACCAGUCUGAGCUUGUUUCCUCGUUUGUAAAAAUAAUACCCAUGGGCCCUGCAGCGCCUGCUGACACACACGCGCGAGCGCUCCCGCCCGGCCUGCGCCCAACACCCGCCAGGCCAUGGCGGCCCUCCCUCGCCUCCCCGCCCGCCUGCGGCUCUGCACCUCCGCCCGCCAUCCCGGGGGGGCGCCUUCCAAGGGAUGUGUUUGCUACUUUUCACCCAGCACACGUCGCCAUACCAAAUUUUAUAUGGAUCCAGUGGAAGCGGUAAAAGACAUCCCUGAUGGUGCAACAGUAUUGGUUGGCGGUUUUGGGUUGUGUGGAAUUCCAGAGAAUCUUAUAGGAGCUUUGCUAAAGACUGGAGUGAAAGGACUAACUGCAGUCAGCAACAAUGCAGGGGUUGACCACUUUGGUUUGGGCCUUUUACUUCGAUCCAAGCAGAUAAAACGCAUGGUCUCUUCAUAUGUGGGUGAAAAUGCAGAAUUCGAACGACAGUAUUUACCUGGUGAAUUAGAAGCAGGGCUGACACCUCAGGGUACGCUUGCAGAGAGGAUUCGUGCAGGUGGGGCUGGAGUUCCUGCAUUUUACACCAGCACAGGGUAUGGGACCCUGGUGCAAGAAGGAGGGUCACCGAUCAAAUACAACAAAGAUGGCAGCAUUGCCAUUGCCAGUAAGCCCAGAGAGGUGAGGGAGUUUCAUGGUCAGCACUUUAUUUUGGAGGAAGCAGUCACAGGGGAUUUUGCUUUGGUGAAAGCCUGGAAGGCAGACCGAGCAGGAAAUGUGAAUUUCAGGAAAAGUGCAAGGAAUUUCAACUUGCCAAUGUGCAAAGCUGCAGAAACCACAGUGGUGGAGGUUGAAGAAAUUGUGGAUAUUGGAUCAUUUGCCCCAGAAGACAUUCAUAUUCCUAAGACUUAUGUACAUCGCCUUAUAAAGGGAGAAAAAUAUAAAAAAAGAAUUAAGCAUUUGUCAAUCCGGAAAGAGGAAACUAUAAAAACCACAUCUGGUAAACCUGGAGAUAACGUAAGGGAACGUAUCAUCAAGCGGGCUGCUCUUGAAUUUGAGGAUGGCAUGUAUGCUAAUUUGGGCAUAGGAAUCCAGCUUCUGGCCAGCAACUUUAUUAGCCUCAAUAUGACUGUCCAUCUACAAAGUGAAAAUGGAGUCCUGGGUUUGGGUCCUUACCCAUUACAAAAUGAAGUUGAUGCAGAUCUAAUCAAUGCAGGCAAGGAAACAGUUACUAUUCUUCCAGGAGCCUCUUAUUUCUCCAGUGAUGAAUCAUUUGCGAUGAUUAGAGGGGGACAUGUCAAUCUGACAAUGCUGGGAGCCAUGCAGGUUUCCAGGUACGGUGACAUGGCUAACUGGAUGAUACCCGUGAAGAUGGUGAAAGGAAUGGGAGGGGCUAUGGAUCUAGUGUCCAGUGCCAAAACCAAAGUGGUAGUCACCAUGGAGCAUUCUGCAAAGGGAAAUGCAUAUAAAAUCAUGGAGAAAUGUACAUUACCACUGACAGGAAAGCAAUGUGUCAACCGCAUCAUCACCGAAAAGGCUGUAUUUGACGUGGACAGCAAGAAAGGGCUGACUCUGAUUGAGCUCUGGGAAGGCCUGACAGUGGAUGACAUAAAAAAGAGCACUGGGUGUGAUUUCACAGUUUCACCAAAUCUCAUACCAAUGCGGCAGAUCACAACUUGAAAUAUGGAGUAGACUUUUGUCCCAAGAUGUGUGUUUUUCAUUUUAACCACAUAGGAGUUUAUUAAAAAGAUGUCAGUAAUCAUAGUUGUAUAUCUAACAAGCAGUUUUUGACUAGUUUUCUUCUAACAUCUUAAUGCUUUAUACAGCCAUAUAGACCUUUGUUCUCUCAAGCAUACUGUGACAUUUCAGUGAAAAACAAACAAAAUAUAUAUGGUUAUCUUAUUUGCUUU